GCUCUGCGGUGACAACUGGACUGUUUUUACACCUUCCUUCUAAAUAAGGAAGCGGCCCGUCAGGCAUAUGACCCCUGCCGGUGUCCAAUUUGGGAGCUGCCAGAGAGCCCAUCACGUCCUCAAGUUCUCCUGUGAGGUCUCACUCUCCCCGGGUACCUCGUGUGGAUUGACAGCGAUAGACAGGGCUGGGAGUCGAUUCCAAAAAAAGAAUCGAUUCUUCGAUUCAGAGGCGUUGGGAAUCGAAAGUCGACUCCAAAAGAUUCGCAUCGAUAAAGCAUCGAGAACAUAAGUCAGGAAUCGACUCUUGGAAUCGGUUCUAAAAUAUCUAGAAUCGAAUAGCUCUAGCGAUAAAUGAUUGGCUGUGGUCAGAGAAUUGCUUGCUGGCACUCAACUUUUCUUUGCCCAUCCCCUUCUUUCUGCACUAGUUGACAAGGCAGCAGUAUAGGCUACGUGUGAGGUCAGCUUGGUAUCAUCUUGAAGGCGAGUGAUGUCAUCUUGAAGAUCUCUCCGGCAAGGUGAGCUUGCAUUUUGGCGAGUGUGUGGUGCUUCCCACGCCAGCGUUUGCCCAUCGAGAGAGGUGAAACAUGGUAAUCAUCAGCACCUUCACCACCACCACCAGCACAAGCUCUGCAGCCCUGCUCUUCUCAUCUGCCGAGGGGCUUAUUGCGUUACACGCGCGCAGCCCCGACCUGCCUUCCCAAAAUAAGCCCCAGCCACCAUGCCGAAAGAAGAAAAACAAGAGUGGUAUUUUUAGGGUCAUUAACUUUGACCACGUGCCCCGAGGGUAAACCGGAUGGCCACUGCGCAAAGGCUCCUCACCAGUAUGUGCGAGACCAGUGGGCGCUGGACGUGGAUUGCGAUUGUGCUGCUAGGCUUUCUGCUCGGGAUCGUGUCCCCCUACUCCACCUCGGACAGGACUAAUGCAGAUUCACUGGAGAAAAGGUGGGAGACGCUCUUUUCCCGCUCCGUUUUGGGCAUCUCGGUGGAUAGAUCGGACCGGAACUGGGAGAGCGACUAUUUGCUGGGCAUCAAGAGAGUGCGGAGGCUGUACUGCAACGUGGGCAUCGGGUUUCACCUGCAGGUCCUGCCAGACGGAAGGAUAAGCGGUGUACAUAAUGAGAACCAGUACAGUCUGAUAGAAAUCUCAACGGUAGAGAGAGGAGUCGUUAGUCUGUACGGCGUGAAAAGCAAGCUGUUUGUCGCAAUGAGCAGCCGGGGGAGGUUAUACGGAACGAGGGUCUUCCGUGACGAGUGCAAGUUCAAGGAGACACUGCUGCCCAACAAUUACAAUGCAUACGAGUCUUCCAUUUACAAGGGCUUUUAUAUUGCCCUCAGCAAACAUGGCCGCUUGAAGCGAGGCUACAAGGCCUCUCCAGCAAUGACUGUCACACAUUUCCUCCCACGUUUAUGAGCAAAACUGGCAAUAACACAACGAUUUGCACAUGUUGUAUGUUCUCGUAGGUAACCUAAACAUGCUUAUAUGAGAAGAGGUGAACUGCAAAGAACAAAAGUAACACUUAACAUAGUAUUUAUUCUCAUUCAAAUAAUAUAUGUAUAUUUCGGUAGCUUACUUUGUGUCUGAACUUUCUGUAAAUGCUAUUCUUUGCUGCUUAUGAUUUCUAUUAUGAACAUAUGAGAGAUGAGGAGCUUUUUAUUUUGCUCUCUCAUUUAUGGGUGCUUGCCAUAACUGGUGUAAACCUUACCCGUCAUUGGAAUGACUAACAUCUUUAGCUUUUAGAAGUGAAAGGGAUCCUUUUUAUUACCUCAAAGAGUAACGUCCGCACUGGCAAAAAGUGUUUGAAAGUUAUAGAGGGAAAAAUAAAUAUCAGUUUACUCUGAUCUUCAUUUGUUCCACCAUUUUACAAGAGGGAUGAAAGCAUUUAUUUUACUGCAGUUAUUCAUUAUUAGUUGGUGCCUUAGCUUCAGAUAUUUUGGCUCCUUUUACUCUCAUGCAAGGGAGAACUGUGAUGCUCUAGGGAUCUUUAGCCCACUUCCUAAAGAGUCAGAAUUUAGUUUGGUUUAUUUUCAUUACAUAUUUGGAUUAAUAACUAAAUGAGACUCAUAGAUUUGGAGAUAAGAAACCACUUGCAUUCACCCUUAUUGGGAGUUAAAGUCAAAGAGGGCCAUUUUACACUUCAUGCAAGGUCAGAGUUUGACUGCAAGUCUUUCUGUGUACGGCUAGUCCUGAAAGGUUUGGAUGCUUCCGUUUGAAUUUGAAUAUCCAGUAAACUUUGCACUGGAGUCAUAAUCUGUUAAGGAAAACUGAUCAAGCUUGAGAUAUCCAAUGAAUUUUCUUAAUAUUGAAUUAUGUGGCAAGAUUAUUUGAUAGUGUUUUAGCAACUCAUAAUGUAAUAACAAAGGAUAAUGUUACAACCGUAACUGUGCCCGUCUGGCACCAACAAUCAUGCCACGUUCCAAAUCACUGAGAUCACAUUUUCCCCCAUUCUGAUUGUUGAUGUGAACAUUAACUGAAGCUCCUGACCUGUAUCUGCAUGAUUUUAUGCACUGCACUGCUGCCACACGAUUGGCUGAUUAGAUAAUCGCAUGGAUGAUUGUUGGUGCCAGACAGGCUGGUUUGAGUAUUUCUGUAACAGCUGAUCUCCUGGGAUUUUCACACACAACAGUCCCUAGAAUUUACUCAGAAUGGUGCCAAAAACAAAAAACAUCCAGCGAGCAGCAGCUCUGCGGACGGAAUCACCUUGUUGAUCAUGAAAGAGGUCAACAGAGAAUGGCCAGACUGGUUUGAACUGACAAAGUCUACGGUAACUCAGAUAACCACUCUGUACAAUUGUGGUGAGAAGAAUAUCAUCUCAGAAUGCUAUUCUAAGAUGCGGGUUUUGAAAUCUAUAGAGGAGCAUAGCGCUAACAUUACAAAAUAUUAUUAUAAUAUAUGCAGAAUAUAUAUAUAUAUAAUAUUCUGCAUAUAUUUUAUUAUAACAAUAUAAUAUAAUGUUAGUGCUAUGCUCCUCUAUAGAGCUGCUUGCUAACUAAUGAGCAAAGGACAUUAAAGGCCUAACUUUCCUGAGGUAAACUAAACAGGUGACAGGUUGUUCAAGUGUCUUUGACUCAUUUACAAAUACAAACAAAUAUAUAACAUAUGAUUAUUAAAAUAAAAAGUAGUGGCAAACUGUAUGUUAGUACGUAUAUAUAUUAGUAAUAAUGUUCCAUAGUAAUAAUAAUAAUAAAUGCAUGAAUGUUUCAAUCCAGUGUAUUUUGUAGGUAGUUUAAGACUAGAUUUAGAUACAAAAUUUACUAUUUUAAAGGAAUACCAAUGUUUUUUAUGCCACAAAAAAAGUGUACUAUUGUUUUGUUUUGAAAAUUGUUACAAUAUGACAAAAUUAUUACAUUUUUAAUUAAAAUAAUUUUGUUAGUUUAUGGUGAGUUCACAAUGUAAUACCUUUCUCAUAUUGUAAUAACUUAUUACAUUUAGCAAAAAAACUUUAUUACAUUAUGGGCUCUUACAUAAUGUAAUAAUUAUUAAGUUUUGAGAAAAUUAUUACAUUAUAAACAAUUAUUACAUUUAACUUAUUACAUUAUGCUUUGUUAUUACAUUAUGAGUUGCUACAGCGUAGCUAUUUUUCUCAGUGAUAAGGAAACUGUUCAUUUUACAAAUGAAAUGGGUUCUUUUAUCUGGCAUGCAAUUAAGCUCUUCCUGGUUUAGUGUCAUAGAUAUUUAUUAAUUAUGGACUCUGAUGUCUAUGUUUUACCUCUACAUGACAGUAACUGAUCUCCAAUAAGGCGUUAGCAAUUUAAUCUCACCAACACGUUGACUGCAUACAUGAACGCCACCUCGACAAUUCUUUGGAAUGUAAAAAAAUAAUAAAAUACUUAAUGUCUUAAUCUGUUUAAGAUAACAUAAUCUGCUCAUUACAUUAUCUUUGAAUACCAGGCCCGAGCCCA